CCAAACGUAAGGUAUUCAAUACCUUUUCUCAUCGCUUUGCUCCUCACGUGUAUUCCUUGACCUUCGCAUCUGCUUCGUCUGGCAUCUGAGAGUGCUGCGUGCUUUGGAAGCAGAGAUGAAGCUCGUCAUGUUCUGGAUUUGUCUCAUCCAGGCUGCGCUUCUGAUUGCUUCAGCGCAGGAGCUCCCCUUCCUCCACUCAGAGCUGUGGAACCCGGGAAAGCCACGGACAUUGUUUGCAAGAAGGGGAGUUGUGGAGUAUCAAAAAUUACGAGCAACACAACCUCGUGUGGAUGCAGUACCGGCGACUCCUCGCUGCUCCAGAGUGUCAGAAAGCUGUUUUCCUAACUCGCGCUGCUGUGAUCCCUGUGCAUCUUGCCAUUGCCGAUUCUUCAACUCUAUCUGCUACUGCUGGAGACUCGGCCGCCAUUGCCAGAAAAAGACUUAAACACACAUACACACACAAACAUGUGCAAACACACACACACAAAGCAGUGGACAAAGCAGCUAUAAUUGCUGAUGGUCAAGCAGUGGUAUACAGUCUAUGCAAACUGUUAAGCGCAAUACACUGAACCCUGGCUACGUCACAACCUGCAAGUCUGCCUCACUCUCAGCUGAACAGAGAUGACCUCUUAUAAACCAUUUCCCUCAGUGUGCCUCAGACAAGCUUAUAUUGAUUUUGUACUGCAUGAAGUGCUUAUUCCCCUCAGAUAAGCAUGCAUACAUUCCUUCUAUAAUAAGAUAAUCCUUUAUUAGUCCCACAACAGGGAAAUCCUAAUGUAUUUAUUGUAUGUUUUGUUAAUCCUUUGAUCAUCAAAUUUGUCAAGAGAAGAAAAAUUUACAAAUGAUGAAGUGAUUAUGAAGUCAUUUUUAUCACUAUUCAUUUCUAUUUUUUUAUACUAGUCACAUCUUUUUUUUUUCUUUUCUCAGACAUGUUAUAUAUUCUUAACUAUUUUGUUGACUAACAUUUCCAUCAGUUACUAGGAGCAAAGGCUACAAGUGAAAUUUCUUGGCUUUUUUUUAAUGAGCAGCUCUGUACUUGUUAUGGAGACGUUCUAAAUGGUUGCACUGAUGUGGGGCAGACAGGCUGACAAAGACAUACCAAACAGAGCCAAUCAUUGUUUAAUGCUCCUUCACUUAAGGUUUUUUCUCCUUUGUUUGGUGGUUGUUUUUCAGAAAUGGCAAACUACUGCUGGACACAGUAACAAACCUACAUCUGCUCUAUUGGGUCAUAUUGAUCCCACUAAGCUCAAGUGGACCAUCAUUUUGAACAUCUGCUAGAAAGAUAUAUGAUAGUUUUAUAUGGGACAGACAUAACCUAUGAAUUCUGUUAUAAAUCUUUCUAAGAAGUGCCACUCAAGGUUAAUGUUAGCGCUUCUGCUCUGCUAUUUCUGCAUUUUAGAUAUCAAGUAACCCUUUGCUUGAAAACAUCUAACUGUGUGUUUCAAUAUAUUCUUUUACCAAAUAUAUUAUUAAAGUCACAAACUGAGUCUUUUUUAACGAGACUCAUGCCUCCACAAUUCUAUAGCAGAAUUACUUUUAAUUCUUUGCACCCUUCCAGCUACAGAUUUGUGUCCACGUAUUUUCUGGUUAUAUUACUAUACCAAAUUUCAACACUUUUAAUAUUUAGAUGCAAUAAUUAUAUCAGUAAUGUGUAAAUAUCAGGCAUGAUGUCAUUUCAGAAGUACAAACAUUUUUGAAAGAACAGACAACACACUUCUGAACAUUUUAAUGCAGAAUUAAAAAUAGUUCUUGCAUUUAUAGUUAUGUUGGUUUGUCCAAUUACUUCUGACCCUAUGAAAAUGGAAGGACUAUGUAAAAAAUGGCUUUAAUUACUAAAUAGUUAAUGCAAUAUUUUAAUUAAAACCCUUGAAUUAAA